AUGGAGCAGCAAGCAACAAGAAAACCCAAGAAGAAGCGGGCCUAUAUUGAAAGAGAACCGGAAGAAGGGCACAACCGGUUGUGGAAUGACUAUUUUCGUGACGAUGCCACAUAUCCGGCUCAUACAUUUCGACGUCGGUUUAGGAUGGCCAAGCCGUUGUUCAUGUACAUUGUUGAACGUCUUUCCACCGAAAUCCCGUUUUUUAAACAAACAAGAGAUGCUGUGGGAAGAUUCAGUCUCUCCGGACUACAAAAGUGCACGGCUGCAAUUCGAAUCAUGGCCUACGGUUGUGCGGCAGACGUUGUUGAUGAAUACCUUUGCCUUGGAGCUAGUACGGCAAUUUCUUGCUUGGAAAAUUUCACAGAAGACAUUAUACAGUUAUUUGGAGAUGAAUACCUAAGAAGACCAACACCGGACGAUCUUCAAAGGCUACUCAAUAUGGGCGAGAGGCGCGGGUUUCCCGGGAUGAUAGGAAACAUUGACUUUAUGCAUUGGGAGUGGAAGAAUUGUCCUACAGCCUGGAAAGGUGAGUAUACCCGUGGUUCUGGAAAACCGACCAUUGUCUUAGAAGCAGUAGCAUCUGAAGAUCUAUGGAUUUGGCACGCUUUCUUUGGACCUCCAGGUACUCUAAACGACCUUAAUGUUCUUGAUCGGUCUCCCGUAUUUGAUGAUGUUUUACAAGGGAAAGCUCCUAAGGUGAAUUACAUGGUCAACGGUCACCAAUAUCAUUUGGCGUACUACCUCACGGAUGGAAUUUAUCCCAGAUGGGCAAAUUUUGUCAAAUCUAUUCUGCUUCCACAAGAUGAAAAAUCAAGGUGUUUUGCUAAACGUCAAGAAUCUGUCCGUAAAGAUGUUGAACGUGCUUUUGGAGUCCUCCAAGCGCGCUUUGCGAUCGUUAGAAAUCCAGCGCUUGUUUGGGAUAAAGAAAAAUCAGAAAGAUUAUGCGGGCAUGCAUCAUAUUGCACAAUAUGA